GCUCCCCCCGCCCCCGAUGCGCCCUUAGUCCCGGCCCCGGACCCGCCUCCCUCGCUCCCCUCCCCGCCGGCGGCGGCGGCAGCGGCAGCAGUAGCGCCCAGGUGCGGACUUCAAACCCCGGCGAAAUGGCGUCCAACGCGGCCGAGAGGGAGAUCCUCUUCACCGAGCUGCAGGGGGAUGCCAAAGGCCUUGUAACCUCUGAGAAUGUGAGCACUGGCCAGAAGUUGGACUUCUCAGAUACAAUGGUACAGCAGAAGCUGGAUGAAAUAAAGGACCAAAUCAAGCGAGAAAUAAGAAAGGAACUUAAAAUCAAGGAGGGAGCAGAGAACCUCAGGAAGGUCACAACGGAUAAAAAGAACUUGGCAUAUGUGGACAACAUUUUGAAAAAAUCGAAUAAGAAGUUAGAAGACUUGCACCAUAAGUUACAGGAGCUAAAUGCACACAUUGUUGUAACAGAUCUCGAAGAUGUUGCAGAUUGUCCUAGCACUCCUGAUACUCCAAAUAGUGAUCCUCGGUUUUCUACGAACAACAGGUUGAUGGCCUUAAAGAAGCAGUUGGAUAUAGAACUGAAGGUAAAACAGGGAGCAGAAAAUAUGAUACAGAUGUACUCAAAUGGCUCUUCAAAGGAUCGAAAACUUCUUGCCACAGCUCAGCAGAUGCUUCAGGACAGCAAGACAAAAAUAGAAGUUAUAAGGAUGCAGAUUCUUCAGGCAGUCCAGACCAAUGAAUUGGCUUUUGAUAAUGCAAAACCUGUGAUAAGCCCUCUUGAACUCCGAAUGGAAGAAUUACGGCAUCAUUUUAGGAUAGAGUACGCUGUAGCAGAAGGUGCAAAAAAUGUGAUGAAAUUACUUGGAUCUGGGAAAGUUACCGACAGAAAGGCACUUUCAGAAGCACAAGCAAGAUUUAAUGAAUCAAGCCAGAAGCUGGACCUCUUGAAGUAUUCACUGGAACAGAGAUUGAAUGAACUUCCUAAAAACCAUCCCAAAAGCAGUAUUAUUAUAGAAGAGCUUUCAUUAGUGUCUUCACCCACAUUAAGUCCUCGUCAGAGUGUAAUAUCUACUCAAAACCAGUACAGUACACUGUCCAAACCAGCAGCUUUAACAGGUACCCUGGAAGUGAGGCUCAUGGGCUGCCAAGAUAUAUUGGAAAAUGUCCCUGGUCGAUCAAAAGCCACAUCAAUUACAUUACCUGGUUGGAGUCCAAAUGAAGCCAGAUCAUCUUUCAUAAGCAGACCCAGUAAAAGUAAAAGUGGGAGUGGUAGAAACCUUCUGAAAACUGAUGACUUGUCCAAUGAAGUCUGUGCUGUACUGAAGCUGGAUAACACCGUGGUUGGUCAAACUAGCUGGAAACCGAUUUCCAAUCAGUCAUGGGAUCAGAAAUUUACACUGGAACUAGACAGGUCACGUGAAUUAGAAAUCUCAGUUUAUUGGCGUGACUGGAGAUCUUUGUGUGCAGUAAAGUUUCUGAGAUUGGAAGAUUUCCUGGAUAACCAACGGCAUGGCAUGUGUCUCUAUCUCGAACCCCAGGGCACUCUGUUUGCAGAGGUUACAUUUUUUAAUCCGGUUAUUGAAAGAAGACCAAAACUCCAGAGGCAGAAGAAAAUUUUUUCGAAACAGCAAGGCAAAACAUUUCUCCGAGCUCCUCAGAUGAAUAUUAAUAUUGCCACUUGGGGAAGGCUGGUGAGAAGAGCUAUUCCUACAGUGAAUCACUCUGGCACCUUCAGCCCCCAAGCAGCAGUGCCUGCCACAGGCCAAGUGGUGGAUGCCCAGCUCGCUGAACUGACCCUGCCAGCCGGUGACUCUCCUGUAGCCAAAUUGGACUUUGAACUUGAGCCUGAGCCUCCACCUGCUCCACCCCGUGCAUCUUCCCUUGCAGAAAUUUGUGAAUCUUCCUCUGAGAUAAAGGCUCCUGAUGUGCCUUCUCAGGUUUCUUUUUCUUCACAGGAUGAAGUAGCAACUUUUGAUUUUGAAAAUGGCAGAAAUAGUAUUGUUCCAAAACACCAGCCUGAAAUAAUCUGUCAGUCUGAUGUUCCAGAUUCAGACAUGAAAUACACCAACACCAGAGACUCUGAAGAUAGAAGAUCACAACAAAGAUUCCAGUUCAGUCUGAAGGAUUUCAGAUGCUGCGCUGUACUGGGCAGAGGACAUUUUGGAAAGGUGCUGUUGGCAGAAUACAAAAACACAAAUGAGAUGUUUGCUAUUAAAGCCUUAAAGAAAGGAGAUAUUGUGGCUCGUGAUGAAGUGGACAGCUUGAUGUGUGAAAAGCGAAUAUUUGAAACUGUGAAUAGUGUAAGACAUCCCUUCUUGGUGAACCUUUUUGCUUGUUUCCAAACCAAAGAUCACGUGUGCUUUGUAAUGGAAUAUGCUGCUGGUGGGGACCUGAUGAUGCACAUUCACACUGAUGUCUUCUCUGAGCCCAGAGCAGUAUUUUAUGCUGCGUGUGUGGUUCUUGGACUUCAGUAUUUACAUGAGCACAAAAUAGUGUACAGAGAUUUGAAGUUGGAUAACUUAUUGCUGGACACAGAAGGCUUUGUGAAAAUUGCUGACUUUGGUCUUUGCAAAGAAGGAAUGGGAUUUGGAGACAGAACAAGCACAUUCUGUGGCACACCGGAAUUUCUGGCUCCAGAGGUGCUGACAGAAACCUCCUAUACAAGAGCUGUAGACUGGUGGGGUCUUGGUGUUCUUAUCUAUGAGAUGCUGGUGGGUGAGUCUCCCUUCCCUGGAGAUGAUGAGGAAGAGGUGUUUGACAGCAUUGUAAAUGAUGAAGUAAGAUAUCCACGAUUUCUGUCUACAGAAGCCAUCUCAAUAAUGAGACGGCUGCUAAGAAGAAAUCCAGAGCGGCGUCUUGGGGCUGGAGAGAAAGAUGCUGAGGAUGUGAAAAAGCAUCACUUUUUCAGGCAAAUAGAUUGGCAUGCUUUACUGGCCAAGAAAGUCAAGCCUCCUUUCGUCCCUACCAUUAGAGGAAGAGAAGAUGUCAGUAAUUUUGAUGAUGAAUUUACCUCUGAAGCACCUAUCCUCACUCCACCUCGGGAACCAAGGAUACUUUCAGAAGAAGAGCAGGAAAUGUUCAGAGAUUUUGAUUACAUUGCUGAUUGGUGUUAACUUCCACACACUGUGAAGCCCCAGCUGACUGGCUCACAAGAAUGCCUCUCUCUGAAGAAUACUGACCCUUCAAUUGCUUUCUGUGCCACCUGCAGCUUCUGGGUUUUUUUAAAUCACAUGAAGAUCCUUUUAAGUACUGCUUUAACACUCUUUUGAAGAGUGGCCUCUUUGUAUAUUGUUUUUUAUCUGAGCACUGGAAAGCAGGUCUAUGGCGUUCCUAAGCUGAGAUGGUGAAGCCAGGCUGUGUUGAACUUCCCGCACAUGGGCGCACGUGGAUCUGUACAGCUCCUCUCACUCUUCCACAGCAGAUAAUGCCGCUUUUUACAGUAUCUGCCUUACGUGGGAAAUGCAGACUUUGAGCUAGGUAAUCUCCACUCAGCCACACUGAAGUAAGUUGGGAUACUGGUGACACUCACACAGAACCUGGUUCUAGUUGGAGAAGGCAAAUGAUUUCAGCUAAACAUUGUGCAGUCUUUAAAACUACACAUUUUUACGUACACCUUCAUCUUGUGUUCUUAAAAUAAUGCUAUUGAGAACAGAUAUGCCUUGUUUUGUAAAUUUUCUAUGGUAUUUAUUAGGAAAAAUGUUAAACACCUUGCCUUUGAGAUAACAACUGUGUAAGUGCUUCCAUUACAAAGAAAAACCCAGAAAAAUCCGGAGAGUUUACCAAAGUCACUUGCCAAACAGUUUUGCCUUCAAGCUCCUUGAGCAUAGCUUAAGGCCCUGGUUGGGAUGAGGAAUGUAAGGAGGAUGCUGCUCAGUGAAACCCCAGAGUGGAGCAGCUGCAAGGCCCAGGCCCAGCCCCUUCCACACUCACCUCAAGCCUUUCCCGCAGCCCGAGGGGGCAGAGAAGUUCCCAGUCCGUAUCUAACCCCUCCAUCCUCCUCUGUCUGCUGUACAGUAUCAUAUCACUUAGGAAAAGUAAGCAUUUUCAAUGUAUACAUGCUGUGAACAUGUAUAUUUGGAAGUUGUAAUGUAUUCUUACCUCCAGGCAAGUUAUUUAACUGUACCACUUCACCGACGUUGCGUAGUGGCCAAGUGAGCAAAAAAAUGUAUCCAUGUAGGCCACUGAGCUCCAGCCCCUGGAUUGGCAGUUACUGAGGGUAAAAAGCAAUAUGUUGUAAUAGAAUGUAUAAAUAUUUUUGAUAAAAACAGUGUAUAUUUUAUAAACCCCUUAACACUAAAAGCUGUACCUCAAAAGUUGAAAAGUAAUUUAGACCAGACACUGUGUGUAUUUGUAAACCAAGACCUAUUUUUGGCAUCUGCUGUUCUGUGGGCAAACAUUGACUCUUGGAAAAUAAAUUUUCCUCCUGGUCCUUACCUCUAGCACUAUUCAGCACUGUAACCUCACAGGUUCAUCCUGGCCAGGAGUUUGCUGUUCAUGGGCUAAGGCAGUGAGCAUCGCACUCAAAUGAAUUUAAAACUGGUCAUUUUAUUAAUUCAAAGAAGAAAUGCAAACCACUGGAGUAUGCAAUGCUAAGGUGGUGGUUUAAAAUCAAGAUGCUGGACAGACCUACAGGGUUAGGCAGGGGAGAGGCUUAAGGGAUAAAAAAAUAAAAUAAUAAUUACUAUUACCUGGUCUAAAACAGGCCAAUCCCCCACAGGAAGGGGGCAAGGCACCUUCCCCACUGCUACAAAUCAUGUUGGAAAGAGUGAGUCAACUCCUCAGCAUUCCUUGUUUCCAGGUUCUAUAUUGACUAGAAACAAAUUAUGUUCCUGUAUCUAGCUGAAACCAAUACUUUUGAGGUACAGUCAGCUCGCCCUUUUUGGUUCCCAAAUAUAUAUAUACACAAGCAUCUCACAGGGUGCUUAAAUACUUACAAAAAGUAUCCUCAAACAUACCUUUUUGUAACUACAUCUUGUACAGAAAUCUUUUUUUAAUCUAAGCAAAUCACUAAAAAAAAAAAAAAUUAGAAAAAAAUUAGAGGGCAGGGUAUGUUCACCCAGUUAAGCUGAAAAAAGCACUAAUUUUAUCUCUGUAGUUUUUUAAAUAUUUUUAGGCAGAUUAAGAUUUAAACCCUAGAUUGUAAAUAUAUUUUGCUAUACUUUAUCUGUAUGUGGCUGCUCAAGCACUUUGUAAGGAAAUUAGGAUAUUUUAGAAUGGUACACUAUGCAUUAAAUGAAAUGUGCCUUUAACAAAUGUCAUUCUAAGUGUUUUGCAGUCAUUAAUAUCACAAAUUAAAGGUCUAAAUAGAGUAAUUUGUAAA